AUGUUAGAAAGAUUAGCAAACCAUCCUUUUUAUUGUUUUCUUGAUGGUUACAGUGGUUUCUUCCAAAUCCCGAUCCACCCUAAUGAUCAGGAGAAAACCACUUUCACAUGCCCUUAUGGUACCUUUGCUUAUCGAAGGAUGCCAUUUGGGCUGUGCAAUGCCCCAGCUACUUUCCAGAGAUGCAUGACCUCCAUUUUUUCAGAUCUGAUAGAGGAGAUGGUAGAAGUCUUCAUGGACGAUUUCUCAGUCUAUGGAGCAUCCUUCUCCUCAUGUUUGUCUAACUUGUGCAGGGUGUUGCAGAGGUGUGAGGAGACAAAUCUAGUACUCAACUGGGAGAAGUGCCACUUCAUGGUUCGAGAAGGGAUUGUGCUUGGACACAAGAUUUCCGAGAAAGGGAUCGAGCUCGAUCGAGCUAAGGUGGAUGUCAUGUUGCAGCUCCCUGUUCCCAAGACUGUGAAGGAUAUCAGGAGUUUUCUGGGUCAUGCAGGGUUCUACAGAAGAUUCAUCAAGGAUUUCUCAAAGAUAGCAAGACCCUUGACAAGGCUUCUGUGCAAGGAGACAGAUUUUGAGUUUGAUGAAGAAUGCCACAAGUCUUGGACCUUGCUGAAGGAUGCUCUGGUAUCUGCCCCAAUAGUUCAAGCUCCAAACUGGGAUCACCCAUUUGAGAUUAUGUGUGAUGCAUCUGACUAUGCAGUAGGAGCAGUGCUUGGCCAAAAGAUAGACAAGAAACUCAAUGUCAUUUUGAUAUACCCAUAUCUUUCAUGUUUUUAUCAAGAUAGAUAUUUGAGUCAUGACCCGCGGCGAAGUGGAAAGAGGUCAUUUGGAUCACUCGUUGGACCGGAACUUAUUUUCUACCAAGACAUGUCCGACGAGCGCCUAAGUAGAGCCCAUGGAGACUUUGAUGGAUCAAGAGGCCCGAGAUACCGCGCCCAAGGCCUUGGCUCAUCUUGA